AAAGUUCUAGGUACGUCCAUUUCCUUUCCGCGACGGCGGCGAACGCGAGCUCUCAGGGGGAAUGCCUCCUCUCGGCUUAGUCGAAGAAGUGCAUUGAACUUUCCCGAGCGAAUAAUAAACUCGUCGUGAGUCGACGAAAAAGUCAAACGGGGAGAGCGUCACACAUGCGUACUCAUACGAUCUCACGCGUCCGCGAACGCGCUGCCAACAGCACGGACACGAUGAAAAAGUGUGCCGUGACCUCGAACAAGGUCCCGUUAUCCAAGCCGAAGCCUUGGACGCGGUCGUCCUCAGUCUUGACUUGGAAGUCAAGCAAAGAUGAUACUGCUGCUCGCUUGUCUCAGUCUCUUGAUCAGUCCCGGUGAACUGGGCAAUCUAUACAAUGGGCAUACAGCCAGUGUUACCACGAUUUUCGGGCUCGGUGCGCUGCCUUUCGGAUUCGCAGCCGGACCCAGAUACGUUCCCAAAUGGAAGAAGCAAGCCUGUGAGAUACCUGCCUCUCAACAUCCAAACUCGCACUACGUUUGUGACGAAGCCGGAGAAGUAAAGUGCUUGCCAGGAUGGACUGGCGAUUUGUGCGAUGUGCCAAUCUGUCGGAAGGGGUGUGACCCUCUUCAGGGUUACUGCCGUCGACCUGGUGAAUGUCGCUGUAAAUUGGGCUUUUAUGGCGAGCUCUGCGACAAGUGUGUAGCUCUACCAGGAUGUCAGCAUGGCAGUUGUAACGUAAGCUUCGAAUGCUCCUGUGAUCCUGGAUGGAAGGGUGUGUUCUGUUCGGAACCAAUCUGCGCUUCCGAUUGUCUCUCCAGCCAGGGAUAUUGUGAAAAGCCCGGAGAAUGCAGAUGUAGAUUAGGUUGGCAGGGGCCGAAAUGCAAACAAUGCGCCGUUUUGCCAGGUUGCGUGCAUGGAACGUGCCAGGGUCCACUCGAAUGUCGCUGUGAACCAGGCUGGACUGGACUUCUCUGUCAAACUCCGGUUUGCUCGCAAGGAUGCAGCCGAGAACACGGCGGUUGUCGUCGUCCGGGAACAUGUAGGUGUCGCGUGGGUUGGACAGGUCCGAAUUGCACCGAAUGCGUCCCUUAUCCUGGUUGCGUUCACGGAUCCUGUAAACGGCCAUGGGAGUGCCGAUGCGAGCCUGGAUGGGCGGGUGAUCUAUGCAACGAGAAGCUGACUUACUGCGACGAGCAUUCAGAAAUCUGUCGCAAUAACGCCACUUGCAUUAGCAUGACCAAAGAGGAUGGCAAUUACAGAUGCAUUUGUCCACUCGGCUAUAUGGGUCGUCAGUGUCAGAUAAAAACGAUGGUACCAUCGACGGAAUUGAUACCACCGAUGCCAGAUCAGAAUCUUGAUUUAGAGGCGAAACCUCAAAUGAUUUUGAUAAAGCCGGAAAUAAUCGAGAAACCGCAAAGUUUAGACGAGAAGGAUAAAAAUAGCGUAAAAGACGAGGAACAAACGGUUGAACCCCUUGGACCAAUUGUUAUCACAGAUCCACCUUCUACUAUCGAUCCUGCUGCUACUGUAGGGAAAUGGCCAACCGAACCACCUACGGAACCAUCACUCACGGAGAGAGACGAUGAAAAUGAGACGUAAAGAGGGCAUAUAUUAUCGACUGUUGUUUAUUUAAUUAUUUAAUUAAUUUAUUUCUCAACGAGGACCGACUUAUCUUAAUUAUAUUCCUCGACAGCUAGAAAGUCUAAAUGUGAUCUACAAGAAUUUUUUACCGUUAUUGAGUGAGACAUAGGAUAAGCGUUGUUGUACUAUCGAUUUGAUAUCCUAAAUAAAUAUAGCUGUAGACUUUUAA